CGUCCAUCCCCUUAGCAAAUGUAAAACUUUAUUCGCACUCUUUUACCGACCCAACGCUUACAACUGCACCUUAUCUUCACUAUGACAUUUCCUUGGAAUUUAGUUGUUGGCUCUGCCACCAUUGCCGGCCAAGCAUAAUUCAUGUCAAGCAUAUGCCCCAAAGCAUAUCCUCACCACACAGCCGUUCAAAUCACCACCACCAUCAUCAACAACGAUCCCAUCAUCGUGGCCACAAAAUCUCGAGCUAUGGACAACAGAAAGGUCGUUCUAGUCACCGGCUGCGGCAAAGGCGGCAUUGGCUUCGAAUACUGCAAGGCAUUCGCCGACCACAACUGCCAUGUCUUCGCCACUGACCUCCCCAAACGUGCCCACGAGGUGUUCGACCUAUGUUCCCAAAGAAUCGAAAUGCUAGAACUCGACGUGACAUCUGAUGAAAGUGUAGCAAAAGCCGUGGAGACCAUAAUUUCCAAGUGUGGGCGUAUAGACAUCUUGGUAAACAAUGCCGGGAUCGGGAGCGCUGGCCCGCUAGCCGAGCUUCCGCUGCAGGCCGUGAGGAAGGCUUGGGAAGUCAACACACUUGGCCUGCUGAGGAUGGUACAACAAGUGGUGCCCCAUAUGGCCCAUCGCGGAAGCGGCAUCAUAGUCAACGUCGGAAGCAUAGUCGGAAAAGUGCCAACGCCGUGGACAGGGUCGUACUGCGCUAGCAAGGCGGCCGUCCAUGCCAUGUCGCACACGAUGCGGCUCGAGUUGAGGCCAUUCGGGAUCGACGUAGUGAUGGUGCUACCCGGAGCCAUAAGGUCUAAUUUUGGGAGCGCCACAGUUGAGAAUGCGAGGAGUCAAGAAUGGAAGCUUUACAAGGGGUUUAAGGAAGCCAUAGAGGAGAGAGCUAAUGCAUCACAGAGUGGGAGAUCGACUGAUGCAGGGGUGUUUGCUAGAGAUGUUGUGAAGAAAGUGCUGAAGAAGAGGCCGCCAAGGCAAAUUGUGUUGGGGCAUUUGAGUGGCUUGUUAUCUUUGCUUUCUUGGCUUCCACUUUGGGUGCAAGAUCUCUACUUUUCCUAUCGGUUCAACUUGAAUAAAAAGGUUUGAGACUUCAACUUUUUUGUUUUAUCAUGCUUGGGAUUUGUCAUGUAGUGUCAUUUGGGAAAUGAGAGAAUAAGUUGUUGUUGUUGUUCUCUCUCUUCUUGGCUUGCAUUAUAUGUAAGUAGUUGAAUAAAGAAACCUCCAUUAUGCUUUG